GAGGUUGCUAGUUUUCAUGACAACCAUACACAGCGCCAUCUUGAUAAUUUUCGUGUUUUGCUGUGUUUCGUGUUUCGUGGUAGAGAAAAUACAAAUGGAUUCUGAAUACCUGAAAAAGCAUGUCGGAGAUGCACUUUCAAGGGGGCUUGUUGAAAUCUCCCAGAAAAGGCCAAGUGAUCCAAUCGAAUAUCUUGCUUCCUGGCUGAGAAAGUAUGUCGACAACAGGGAAUAUACGAAAAAGAAAAGUGAGGAACUUGCUCAACUUGAAAAGGAGAGGGAAGAAUAUGAAAAAGAACUACAAAGACAAAAGGCAAUGGAGGAAGAGCAACGAUUGAUAGCAGAGCAAGAAGCACUCGAAAAAGCAGCCGCAGAACCACCACCCGUUGAAGAAGAAGCUAAGGAUACACCCAACAUAGAGACCGAAAAUCUACCAACGGUUGCAGAAGGAGACGAAGAGGAGAAGAAGCCCGAAGAUGGUGAAGUUGCUAAGGAGAGUAUCAGUACAGAAACCGUAGGCGAGCAGCAGCAGCCCGAGGAACCUGCGAAGGAGCCAGAGCCGGCUACAGCAGAAAAGGAAGACGAUUCUUAGAAUGGGACACGUUUGCAUUCGUUAUUGUAUAUUUAUAUAUAAAUUAUGGUAUUAAGUUGCAUGUACAAC